UACGCCCACUAAAACUUCCGUGUUAAAACGAGUUUGGACCGAGUUUAAUUCUUAACCAUCGCUGCAAACUUUUUGUUUUUGACCUCCAAUUUAAACCUGAGCGUAAUUCCGCACGACCGAACACUAUCGCAGGCGUUGUGCUGAGUCAGGGAAAUCAGAUCCAAAGAGCGUGCAACAAGUAGAACAAGUUGUUCUCCAACGAUCCAGGCAGCAGGCAUGGAGUUGGUGCAAAACGUCAUCAACCAGAGUCAGGGUAGGGAUCGUCUUUUCAGAGCCACCCAAUACGCGUGUGCCUUGUGUGCGUACGCUCUUCGAAACGACAACCGGCGAAAGGAUCUUGUGAGCAAACUUGAACGUUUGGAGGCAAACAUGAGUGCUGGACGAAAGCUGUUCAGGCUGGGGAACACAAUAAACGCCAUUGAGUCGGCCAAGCGCAACGCACGCCUCUCGGACCCAGCGCUUUGCCUUUGCCUGGCGGUGGCUGAUGUGGGCCGAGCUCUCUAUUUCAUCUGCGAUAACACACUGUGGGCCGCCGGCGUGGGCCUCCUGGCCGGUAUCGACAAGGAGCGUUGGAGCGCGGCCGCCUCGCGAUGCUACCUCCUCUCGCUCGUCAUGAGCCUUAGUCGAGAUGUUUACGUCAUCUCCCGCUUCGUGGCGGAGAAAACCAGGGAGAAGCACUUCAGGCGGAAGAUGAUUUCACAUCUGAAGCAGAAUCCCGACGUGGCCGAGGUGACCGUCCCUCAGUUGGAUGCUUUGGUCUUCCUGCUGCUGCACUGCUUCAAAUCCCAGCCGGCCGUUCUUUUGGACACUGUCAAGAACGUUUGUGAUUUGUCUAUCCCGCUGGACAAGUUGGGCAUUUACCGCUCCAACGCGGGCGCCGUCGCCUUUUGCGGCCUGCUGUCAUCGCUCAUCGGAAUCGUAACCCUCGUGCGGCCCGAUUUGAAAAUCAAAGCGUGAUGUGUUUCUUUCCUGGCUCGGACAAGGACGAUUUUUAAAAUUGGAAGCUUUGAAAGGCACAAUUUGAUAAUUGUUCAUUGAACUUUAAUUCUCAAUUUAAUUGUUUGAAUGGGCAGCACAAUAGAUUGAAUAUGAUAACUCAGCAAAUAAAAUGUGAGGUGAUUUUUUUUUUUCACGUAUGAGGGGGAUGAACCGACGUUGACGAUUGCGGCUUGAACUCGAUUAUUCGCCAAUUUUGAUAUUAACGGUCGAGAUGACAUAAGUUGGCAGUCGGCGUCAAGUAGUACGGAAAAAAAAAACCGUUUUUCAACCCCCAAUAAAUAGUCUGUAGGCUCGCAUUUAAAAACACUUUUUUUUUUUUUAAAACACACAUCUCUAAAUGUCACACUGUUCCCCUGAAAAUAGCUUUAUUUUCUUUUUUUUGUGGGGGUGGGGCUGAGACAAGAAUACAUUUGUUUUCCUGAGAGCUUUUUCUUCCAAAGCCAGUAUUUGCAUAACAACACAUCAGAAUUGCAAAAAAUAUAUUCCAUUUUCCUUGGCCCACACUUGCAGGUUCUAUUGUAGAAAAGAAAACAAAUAA